GUUGAUAUUUUCUUUCUUUUUUCGUCAUGUACCGACUCACAUGUAUUUGAGAACGAAAAACGCUAUUGAAAGAUUGAAACCAAACGAGAGUUGAGAGGAACCACAAGAAAUAUGGUGGUUAGAAAAGAAUUUUAGAUAAAAGUGUUCUUUUGUUCUUACAGCUUUUUGAUGGACGCAUAUGUGGAUGUGAUUUGAAAAAUUAUAUUGACUAAAUCUCGGGGAAAUGUCUUCGAUGCAUUUUGUAGUUCAUCCAUUACCUGGAACAGAGGAUCAAUUGAUAGAUAGACUUCGGGAAGUAGCAGAGCGUUGGAAUCGAUAUGGUACUGGCGCUGCGCCGUCUGCACUCAGCUCCUUAAGAGGCGUACGGGCAGUUGCAGCAGGGCCAGCCCAUAUCGCUUGCUUGCUUGAAGAUGGCACCAUAUGCCGGGCUGCGUUCUCCAUCAUACCUGACAGAUUGGACUUGAGUAAAGCCGAUGCGAGUAAAAAUGGGGGAAAUGGCGGCGGGGGGAGCGGCGGUGGCGGGACGAGCGGGGGCAAGCAGGGCGGGAGCGGAGGCGGAUGUGGUUCAAGACAACAACCUCGCACCAGGGCAAGAAUUAUGAGGAAUUCCAUUCGUGCCGCUCCUAGUUCACAAGGUUCUACAAGCAGAGCUACGGGCGUGAUAAUCGGGGCAUCGGGAUCUAGUCGUGUAGUAUCUGCAGUACCAGCACCCUUUGUGCCUGAAGAUCUAGUGACGCAGGCCCAAGUAGUCUUACAGGGCAAAAGCAGAAGCCUCAUAAUUAGGGAGUUACAGCGUACAAACCUGGACGUGAAUCAGGCUGUAAACAAUCUACUUUCACGCGACGACGAAGAGGGUGAGGAGCCCGAGGGUGGUGAAGGCGGUGACGGCUAUGUCCCGGAGGACCUCAUAUCUCUACUGGACGGAGGUUUCCACGCCACGCAACAGGACCAGUCGGUGAUCAUUGACGCCGACGCCAUGUUUUCGGAGGACAUCUUCGGGUACGCGGCUUUAAGAAGUCGCAACGGAGGCGGCGGCGGCAGCGGCGGCGGUCGGGCCGGCGCCAGUCGCGAGGGCAGCAGCUCCACUCAGGAGAGGCCCUCGGAGUUCAACCGAUGGCGCGAGCGGCAAUACUUCGGCCCGCGCCGGUGGCUUGAGUCUGCACUCCGGGACAACACCUGGGAAAAGGAUGGAGAAAACAAAAAAAAGGAGUCCAUGUCUGCAUCACCUCUAUGGGUGUCUGAAGAGCUGGAGUAUUGGGACAGCAGCAUUCGGUUCACGCACAUCGCGGCCACCUACAGCGAACUCACCGCCAUCUCCAACCAUGGCCAACUGCACCAAUGGCGCUGGGCCGAUGCACACCCAUACCAGCGUAACGACGCCUCUGGUGUCAUUUACCAUCCGCGUGGCAACUGGCUAGGAAUAACACCCAAUGAACAAAUUGUCAGUAUAAGUGCUGCCGGUAUACGCGUCUCUGUGCUCACUAACGCGGGCCGGAUCUCUACGUUUUUGGAUGAAUCGAUCGCGCAUGCCCCUGGAGCAGCGCGUUUGGAACAUCCUCUACAGUUUUUCACCGAAUUUGGCGCUGAGAAGGCGAUAUCUCUGCACGUUUGCUCACUCUACACUGUUGCCAAACUGGAAUCUGGAACACUUUACUGGUGGGGUGUUUUGCCACUGGGACAAAGAGCUCGGCUCUGGGAGAAACAUAGAGCGCGCUCUCGCAAGCAGCAGCGCGGCCAUUCUUCCAGCACCCCUCAGGAUUUGCAGGCUGGCCAGAGUGUCACCAUGAAAAACGCGCCCAUGUACCAGCCUGGAGCCAUUGGCUUCAACAUGUCGACCGGAGUGCCCAAGGUGGGCAUCUUGCAGAACGCGGCUUGGAACCUGUCAGAUACUUGCCGCUUCAAGCUGCUGCCGCCACCGCAGCCCGACCGCUCUAUUUCCGACAAAGACAAGAGAGACCUACAGAAUCAGUCUCCGCUAACAGUGUCAUCAGUGAAAGCAUCAUCGUCAAACAGCAACAGCAGUAAGGAUGGAGGCAAAGACAGCAACAAGGACAUGGCCGACCGCUUGGACAUGCCUCCGCCACCCAGCCCCGCUUCCUCUACGUGCAGUGACACCAGCACAUCUCACAAGCGCGCUAAAAGAGUAACCGUGCGCGGUGAAGAAGGCUCAUCGAACGACGGUUCUUCAAAACGUGACGAAGAAGAGUGGCCUUUGAAAGAAGUUGUUUUCCUUGAAGACGUCAAGAGUGUGCCGCUCGGCAGAGUGUUGAAAGUUGACGGGGCUUAUGCUGCAGUUCGUUUCCCUACAGUUGGAAAGGAUGGCAAAGAGAUUGUGCCAUCCACUCCUGAGGAUUGGACUGCUUUGUUGCAAGAUUGUAGACUAGUUAGGAAAGACGACUUGGUGGCCGUGAAAUGGGGUGCAGGAGGCUCUGCUGGGCCUCGCGGACCAGAUUGCUUGCAGAGAGCACCAAGGAAGAUUUCACUCCCACCUGACUUGACUGUUAUUACAAUUGCGGUGGACAAUCGCGGCGUGCACGCCGUGGUGCGUCGGCCGGGCGGCGCGCUGGCGUACGCGGUGUACGCGGUGGGUACCACGCGCGCGCUCACCGACAGCACCUUCCCAACGGACAACAGCGCUUUGUUGGGCUACUCUAAUGGACAGGCCAUUCAGCUCACCACAGCUGCUGAGGGAAGCGAGCCAGUGGUGAUGAUGCUAGACGGUAACGGAGCCCUGUACCCCGUGGCACGCGACUGCGUGGGCGCGGUGCGGGAGCCACCGCCACUGAACCUGGCGCCCGCGAGAGCGCUGGCGGCGCACGCCCUGCCGCUGCAGCCCCAUCACCAGCACCAUCCGCACCAUCCUGCCUUAAAAUCUCAGGUAGCUCUAAUUAUCAUGGUUCCUGAACCCCAACUAAUGAUGCCGCGCGUCCUGCGCUGCGACCUCGAUGGUGUCAGACAACUGUUGCAUCAACUGGAAUCUGAUACAAACAAACAACAGAUUCUUGCAAUUCUACAAGAACGCUGCGACGGCAAUAGGAAUAUAUUGCACGCUUGCGUACAUAUGUGCGCACCAACGUCCAACAAGGAGCCUGAUGUUGCAGUCGAGAAUGCCGCAAUGCCGAAUGUACCGAGCGGCACCAGCGGCGGCGGCGCCAGCGCAGAGGAGGCGAUGCCCGCGCUGACCUGGCCGCCGGAGACCUUCGAGGCUUCCGGCGACGAGGACAGCCUGAUGGGACUCAGUAAUAAUGGAAAAAUAACCAGCAGUGGCACCAACGGAGGUAGUGCAGUGAGCGCCGACCCCGCCGAGCGCCGCGGGAACGCGCUGGCCGCCCUGCGCGCCCUCUGCGAGAGCUCCGCGCUGCAGCCGUUCCUCAUGCAGCUGCUUACCGCUAAGGACGGCAUGGGGCAGACGCCUUUGAUGGCCGCGGUGUCGGAGCGUGCGUACCGCGCGGCGCUCGUCAUACUCGACUCGAUACGUUCGUGCGCGGACGCUGACGAGACCCAGCGCUCGGCGGCCAUCUUCCCGCCCAACGCACACCCGGACCAUUCGCCCUUGCUGGUUCUGUGUUGCAAUGACACAUGCAGCUUCACUUGGACAGGAAUGGAUCACAUUAAUCAGGACAUUUUCGAGUGCAAAACUUGCGGGCUCACAGGAUCCCUGUGUUGCUGCACUGAAUGUGCAAAGGUGUGCCAUAAAGGACACGAUUGCAAAUUGAAACGCACGUCGCCCACGGCAUACUGUGACUGCUGGGAGAAAUGCCGCUGCAAAGCGUUAGUAGGUGGCAAUUGGUCUGCGCGCUGUGACCUACUCGGACGACUAGCUAGAGACACCCAGUUGGCUACACAUUUUAAUUCAAGGGGUGAAUCCAUACUGCUGUUCCUGGUACAAACAGUCGGAAGGCAGGCUGUGGAGCAGAGACAGUUCCGCGCGAGCAGUAGCCGAGGUCGCGCAGCGCGUAAACAGCCGGGCUCCGACGCUGAGGAAAAUGCGCCCGACCACGACCUGGAGCCACCGCGGUUUGCUCGACGUGCUCUCUUGCAUUUAUUGGCGGACUGGCCGGCAGUGGAAGCUGCAAUUAUGUGCGGUUCGAAUGGACAAAAUGAGAACGACACUCCGCACACCAGUCAGGCGCCGCAUCAGUCUGGUACCACACUGUUGGACAAAUUCACACACGCUCUGAUCGUCAAAUGCACUAACGAGAUGCUCGAUGCUCUACUGAACACUCUGAUCAAAGAACAACAGAAUGACACGAUACCAGGACGCGCCGAGCGUGCGCGAGAAGUCACCCGUCGAUUCGUGCGCUCCGUUGCUAGAAUAUUUGUUAUAUUUAGUGUUGAAAUGGCUCCGGGCGCUGCGAAGAAAAAAGGGCCGCUGUCAAUAACCGCAUCGCUGGUGCGUUGUCGGCGCGUGUUCGCCGCGCUGGUGGCUCUAGCAGUGGAGGAGCUGGUGGAGGCAGCAGACGCCUUGCUGGCGCCCGUGCGCCUGGGCGUGGUCCGCCCCACUGCGCCCUUCCCGCUGGCGACAACUUACGUGGACUUGGUCAACGGCAGUGAGGACUUAUUUGGCGUGGAACCACUUUCUACUGGCCAUUCACGUUUAUCGCAUGCGCGAAGGGAGUCCAAUGUAGUGGGAGGUCGGGCGGCUGCUGGCGGUACAUCAAUGGGUAGUUCCACACUGGUGCCAGACCGUUCGUCAACGCCCGUAGCCACUGAAUACCCUGAUGACGUCGCGGGUGAAGCACUCGGAGGGGACGACGAUGCUUCGGAAACUGAUGAGCCAAACAUACCCCCAGCUGUACAACCCGCUGAAAACCAGCAUCACGAUGAUCCAAUGGGAGACAGUUAUUUGGAUGCCAACAGAGGUCAAGAACAACAUGUGGUAGUAGAGAACGGAACAGAGCGCGCGGAAGGCGGUGAAAGUGAGAGUGAGCUAGACUUGCUGGCGGAAGUGGAGACUGAGAGUGACUCUGACGACCAAGACAAUGCGGAGUCCGCGCAGCGUAGCGUGCAGACUGGUGCUACGCAAGGUUCUGACGCUGGUAUAGCAUCACUUCUACUAUACCCAGAAGACGAGAGUGGAGACUCUACCCAACCUGAAGACGAGGACUCUGAGGCGGGAGAGACUGAUGAGCAAGACACUGAAGCAGAACCGCCCUUCGCUGAUGGAGGAGAACCGGUGGAACGACGAUCGGCACCACCCGCUAGACCGAACCUCGCACCUCAUUCCAUGCAGUGGGCUAUACGGUCUCGCGAGACAACCCGCGGCACGAACAGCGGUGCUGGCGGCGUGCGACUGACGGGCGGCUCGUCGCUGGUGUUCAUUGACCCCGCGUCGUUGCGCCGCUCCUCCAACGCGGCGGCGGCGGGAGCGCACGACCCCAACACUACUUCCACCACAGCGUCCUUCCUUGCUAGAGCUUUCGGUAUUGUGAUACGCCAAAUUGCCGAUCUUCUGUGGGAAUACGAACGCGUCACGAUGCCGUUGCCGCGAAUGUUGCCACUUGCGUAUCGAGAAGCGUUGCGCCUGCAGUGUUACCUGGAGCGGCAGCUGAAGCACACGUGGGACUGGCUCGUCACUGUUAUGGAUGCUACUGAAGCGCAACUGCGAUUUGGCGCUUCGUUGACUUCAAACAAUGCAAGUACCUCGAGUGGAGAGACUCGUUCGACUGCGCCGGCCGCUCGGCGCACUACUUCGCUGAUAUCGCCGGUCACUAGGAUCAUUGGCUUUUCCGAAGGACCGCGGGUUAGAGAUCGCGAACAAGGUGUUGAAUCGAGCAACGCGCGGCGCGAAUUCUUAGCGUACUGCCUAUCGCUGCUGCGUGCGCACAGCGCAGAGCACGCGGAGCAGCUGCCCGUGCUGGACGUGGCGGCGCUCAAGCACGUGGCCUACGUGCUGGACGCGCUCGUGUACUACAUGCGCGCCGCGCAGCCGCAGCCGCACCACCAUCAGCACCUGUGGACGCCGGAUGAGAAUGAAAACGAAGAAGGUGAAGAAGAGAUGGUAGUGGGUGGCGGCGCGGCCGCUGAAUCUGACGGGGAGGGAGAAAACGCUCGCGGCCGCACGCACGCAUUCUUUCAAAGAUCGGACUCCACAUUGUGCUUGGGAUGCCCACCCCCGGAUCCGUUUAAUAUGACAAUGCAAGACGCGCUACCGUUAGCCGACCAGCCUCAACUGUUACAACCCAACGCACGCCGCGAAGAACUUUUUGGCAUGCCUCGACAACCAGUCACUGUUCCGGCCUCCGGAGACGGCCCGCCUGGUGCUAACAACCCAUUGGAAGUGGUACCACGACGACUGGGCCUGUCGAGCCGAGGCACAGAGCGCGGGUGGUCGCCGCCCGCGCGCCCUGCGUCCGCACCGCCCACUCACAACCACACCUUGACCAGAGACGAACCACAGGAUCUAUCAUGUGCGAAGGAUACUGCGACAAAGAUGGACAUAGAUACAGAUGCUGAAUAUGUAUCAGAUUCGGACUCCAAUGAACCAAGACAUAUACACAGGAAAAAGCAUCAUAGGCACCCACACGCUAGCACCCUGAGCAGUAGUAGUCACCAUGAACCCAACACUUCGGCAUCGGAGUUCCACACGUUAGUCGACACAGCCUGUUCCAUCAUCGAAGCGCCGCUUCAACAGACAGUGUCUCCUUCGCCUGGACCCAGCAACUUGUCGGCCGCGCCAGAGCCGCGCGCGUCCUCCUCUCGCAGUCCGGGCAAGAGCGUUAUUGUACGUGCUGGCGAACUGCUAACCGCGGCUGACCCAUUGGAAUCGCAGGAAAUAUCAGCACAUGUCACUGUGGAGACGACCGGAUUGCCGCUAGCGCCUACACUGCCGCCGCAAGUACUCAAUGCGCCUGCACAACCCCGCGCGUGCCCAUCACUCGGCGCGUCGGUGUCGCACGACCUGUUGCUGGGCCGGUGGCGGUUGUCUUUGGACUUGUUCGGGCGAGUGUUCACCGAGGACGUGGGGCUCGAGCCGGGCUCCGUGGUCGCCGAGCUCGGGGGAUUCCCCGUCAAGGAGGUCAAGUUCCGCCGCGAUAUGGAGAAGCUGAGGAAUUCGCAACAGAGGGAUUUAACUUUGCACAAGAUGGAGCGUGACCGCGCGAAACUCCUCCAGCAAACGUUCGCAGAGUUAAACAGCGCGUUUUCGGGCCAAAACCGACGCGCGCACAGCGCUCAGCCGCCUCUCGCCGUCAACAGGGUGAAGGUGACAUUCCGCGACGAGCCCGGCGAGGGCAGCGGCGUCGCGCGCUCGUUCUACACUAGCGUCGCCGAGGCAUUGCUGGCUAAUGAAAAACUUCCGCCAUUAGAAACAACGACGGGCAGCGGCAGCAAUAGUAGCAAUAGCACUAAUGGAACUUCGGGCCCGUCCGGUGCGGCCGCUAGCGGAGCGAGCAGCAAUACUGGAACAAGGAGCGGUGCGGGCAGAGCUCGUGCGAAAGAAAACGCCCGGCGAGCGCCGGGCCGGCCCGCGCCACGCCCGCCCUCAGUACGCGAGCCGAGGAGAGUUCUGAGUGUGGAAGCCAGACCGUACUCGCCGCAGGCUGCCCCGGGCACUGAAGGCGCGGGCUACAGUGGAGACAGACCUGGGGGUCACAACGAGCAUCUCACAGUACAUCAAUCGCAACUUGGUGAACGCUUGUACCCCAAGGUGCAUUUGCUACACCCGACAUUCGCAGGCAAGAUAACGGGCAUGUUGCUAGAGCUGACGCCGGCGCAGCUGUUGGUGCUGCUGGCGAGCGAGGACGCGCUGCGGCAGAAGGUGCGCGAAGCCAUGGACCUCAUCGUCAUGCACCCGUCGGAAGCUAUAUUAGAUCUGGAUGUGUUCUCGCUGUCCGAGCGCGGCGGUGGAGGCGGCGGUGGCGGUGGCGGUGGCGGCGGCGGGGGCGGAGGCGGCGGCGGAGGUGCGACGAGCGGCGCGGCAGGGGCGGGCUCGUCCAGCGCCGCGCCCGACGACGCCGCGCCGCUGUUCUACUCGCCCGGCAAGCGCGGCUACUACUCGCCGCGACAGGGCCGCGCCACGCCCGAGCGGAUCAAUGCGUUCCGGAACGUCGGCAGAAUUAUUGGUCUUUGUCUAUUACAAAAUGAGCUGUGUCCAAUGUUCCUGAACCGACAUGUCCUGAAGUACAUCUUGGGGCGGCCGGUGCGGUUCCACGACCUGGCCUUCUUCGACCCGGUAGUGUACGAGAGCUUGCGACAGCUCGUCGUGGACGCCGAGACGGGGGAUUCGCAUUCACUGUUUGUCGCUCUUGAUCUCAACUUUAGUUUGGAAAUGUGCGAAGAGGAAGGCGGCGGAUGCGUAGAGCUGGUGCCCGGCGGGCGGGAGAUAGAGGUGACCGCGCUCAGCGUGUACGACUAUGUGCGGAAGUACGCACAACACCGCAUGCUGCUCUCACAGGAGAAAGCUUUAGAGGCAAUGCGAGUUGGCGUCCUCGACGUUCUACCUGAAUCUGCACUAGAAGGUUUAACGGCUGAAGAUCUGCGGCUUCUACUGAACGGCGUAGGCGACAUUAACGUUGCUGCAUUAGUAUCAUAUACCAGCUUCAACGAUGAAAGCGGUGAACCUUCGGAGCGAUUAGCUCGCUUCAAACGGUGGCUGUGGGCUAUUGUAGAUAAGAUGACACAUUUAGAAAGACAAGAUUUGGUAUAUUUCUGGACUGGGUCCCCGGCACUGCCGGCGUCGGAGGAAGGCUUCCAGCCGAUGCCGUCGGUCACGAUCAGGCCAGCGGACGACGCGCACUUGCCCACCGCCAACACCUGCAUCUCUCGGCUCUACAUACCGCUAUAUUCCUCACGACACGUGCUCAAGCAUAAAUUGUUGCUCGCAAUCAAAACUAAGAACUUUGGCUUUGUGUAAAAAUGCUCUACUGCAGUGACUAUGUAUUUCAUUUAGAUGUAAGCUCAGUCACCUAAGACUGCCGUUGUAUUCUGUCUGUGUUAGGGUUGAUUUACGCGAGCGGCAACUCUACCGACGACCGACUAUGGCAGUAGCCAACGGCAGUCGACGGCGGUCGUCGGUAGAGUUGCCGCUCCUGUAAAUGAACACUUAGUUUUACAAUACCGUACGUCUGUAUUUAUAGAACGCCAUAAAAUAACAUAGGUCGAGGAAAUUUUAGCACUAGUUACAUACUGAUGUAUGAUUUGUAUUCCUAUUAUGAAUAUGACUGAAAACUACCACUACUAAUUAAUAUUAUUAUUAUAUAAACUUUGGAUUAUUUGACUGAAUAGUUAUAUCAGAUUGCAAUAAUACAUAAUUGAAAACUGUCUUGUAACUAUUGAAUAGCACAAGUAAAUAGAUAAUUGUAACAAUUUUAAAGCCAACACAUGGGUCUCAUUAAGAACUUAGUUUUAAUUAGAUACUGGUAGAAAACCAAACUAACAUUAUUCAGUCAUAUGAUGGUAGUCUGUUGUACGCGUCUUUUACAAUGACCUAUUUUGACUUUUUUGGCCAGCAUACAGAUAUAAACAGCAUUAUUUCGUGUUCAUUAUAGGCGUUUCAAAAACUAGAACCUCUUUGAGCUGAUUAAUAUGUCUUAAUGGUAUAUUUACUCGAGUAGGUUAUGGUCCCACUUUCGAGACAAGGAAUUUGAAAUGUGUUCAGAAGUUUCAGUAUGUAAACAAUGUCAUUGCUUUGUUAAAUAGUUAAGGUAUUUAUAUUAUACAAUUAUUAUUUUCUAUGGACACUAACAGCUUGUCAUAACCUAAGCUUGAUAUCCGUAGAUAGAUCUUUGUAUGUAUAUAUUUUUCAUUUGUAUACAGUUUCUAUAUAUUAUGUGCAUUUGGUUUUAACUAUUUAUUAACCCUGUCUAAGAUCAAUGACAGCUCAGACCAAAUACCUAUGGACUUGUAUUGCAUCCAAAUUUAGCAACAAAAUUGUCUGUCGUUUUUUGAGGGGAUGAGGUAAAAUCAAAGAAAAUAUUUAACACCAAUUAAUUUAUUCUGUGUUCUUACACUUCACACAACUAUAAUAUUGAUUCUCAAUACACCCACAUAUAAUUUUCACACACAACUAACAAACACAUCGCUUAGACUUGUUACACAGAGUAUUAGAUUACUUAAUUGACGUUUUGCUGUUCUGGGUGAAGAAAUGAUUCUUUUUAGACAUUGUUUUUAUUACAAAUUUGAUAUAAUUACACAUAAUAUGUAUAUGAAACGUAACUUCAUCUUUUGUUAUGCCAUUCAACUUCACAAACCGCAUUUAUAGGGAGUUCUUAACAUAAUGAAAACAAUCACAGCAAUUAAACAUUGAUUCUAAAGAAACGCAUUGGAUCUUUGCUCUUAUACUUUGGCAGAGGGGUAACGUCUAGCAAGGCAGUCCAUAUAUAAUUCGUCUGAGAGUAACAGCAAGUGAGUUAAAAUUGUUCUUUACAAGCUUGUUAUAAUAUAGAAAAAUAUAUUUUUAAGGUCUUAUGAUGAAUAUUAUAAUGUCAACACAGGGCGAGUAAUGAAAGUAUUUUAACAUAGUGUGCAAUAUUAUUUCAAAAUUCUUCUUUUGUGGAAUUCUCUAUAAUCCAUACUUUAAGGCAGGUUAACACCUGACAUUUUAGUACUUAGUUAUUUUUGAACACAACUAAUUAUCUGUAAAAAUUACUAACUUUCAUUCAAGUAUAGGUACAAAAAAAUAAAUUACAACCAUGUUCAUUUUAAAAACUUGUUUUUCAAUCUUGCAUACUAUGCAAAACUAUCAUGCAUAUAAUUACUACCAAAUGUGGCUAAUAUUGUCAUUACAUGAGGUUCUAUAGGUUAACUUUAACCUAAGUUUCGAACAAUUCAAAACCUAAAAAUCUAUACUUUGUCAAAUGAUCUACCUGUGUAUAAAUAUGGUAGUUUCAAAAACUAGACAGAUAAAAAAAAAUUUAAUUGUUUUAGAAUAUACACACUCAGUUUCUAUUGAUUAUUAUUUAUUUUAUUGAUGAGGGUAAUAACCUACCUUGCCUACUCGCUGUUUGUGCUGACAAAUAUUCUGCUAAAGAAACAUUUGGGAAAACUUGGCAGAGGCAAUGGAUCCAUUUAUAGUGGAUAUUGUGAUAAAGGAGGAAAUAUUAUGCGCCUCUAUCUCUAAAUUUUAAGGAGUCUAAUUGGAUUUCGUUUGAUUAGUUGUAUUUAAUAAGGUUCAUAAUAAAUAUUUCUCAAAACGCUUA